AUGUCGGACGACCCCAGCCCGCCCCACGCCCCCGCAGAGCCGUCCCCGCCGCCACCCCCGCCCGCUGCGCUGGGCUCGCCCACCGACUUCCUCAAGGGCGUCGUCGGCAAACGCGUCGUAGUCCGUCUCACGUCUGGCGUCGACUACCGCGGCGUUCUCUCGUGCCUGGAUGGGUACAUGAACAUAGCCCUCGAGCAGACCGAGGAACACGUUGCCGGCAUCCUCACCAAUCGCUAUGGAGAUGCGUUCAUCCGCGGCAACAACGUACUCUACAUCUCGGCCUCUGAGCCGCUCUGAUCUGAAAAGGCAAUCUCAUCAUCGUCGAGGGAUGCGAUGCAGGCUCCUAAUACCAGCCGUCCAUAGUGUUCUCGCUCGUACAUGUCGAGGGGGGACUUCAGCCUAUAUACGAAAAAAAUAAAAUGAGCGCUUAAAUCAGAUUAGACGCUCUAAAGUUUUGACUUACUAUACUGGGGAAUUUUUUUAGCCGAAUUGACGAGGAGAACACUAUAGGACGGCUGGCCAAACUUGCCCCCGAGGCAUGGCCGAGGGGGCGCUUAUUUAU